AUGUAUCACCUGGUUCACACACUUGCUUCGGAGCAGCAAUCACUUCUGGAGCUCCUGGCUCAUACUGUCGAGCUGCCAGAGGCUCCGGCAGAGCUCAAGAUGGAUAUGGAGCUGGUGUCAAGGCAGCACGCUCGGGUUAUGGAAGAGUUGGCAAGGCUCUCGCCGGAACAGCUCUCGUCGGCCGCAGCAGAGACCUCUGUGGCUCUCGAGACCCGAGCGGUCGUCAGCCCGCUCCGCAACUUGUUUGACCUCCAUCCGGAGCUCAAAGCCCACGCACCAGACCACGGCAUCGGCCUGGCGACACGUGACCCGCAUGCUGUGGUGCGGCUCUCGGCAACAGUGCUCGAGACGCUGAACGGAGAGAACGCCAAGCUCACCACCUCGCUCGCCGACGCGCUGCGCGAAGUUGAGGAGCUCGAGGCGAAGCUCGAGGCGUCGAGUGCUGCGGCAACUGCUGCUGUGGCCUUGCCCGAGGAGGCAGCAGCUAGUACAGCUGCCAGUACGGCGGCUGCGGUCGCGGCCAACACGGCUCAGUUUGAGGCACGGCAGGCGGCGCUGGAGGCCGAGAACGCCCGCUUGCUUGAACAGAUCAAGAGCUUGGAGGAUGGUAUUUUGUUCCUUGACGACAAGGUGACCCGGCUGGAGAGCGAGGCCGCUGCUGCGGCGGUCACGCCCGCGGUCACGCCCGCGGCUAGCGCCGCGCCCGCCCAGUACGGUGCGCGGCCGGCAUCUCCAGCGCCGUCGCCAGCGUUAUCGUCGUCGUCGUCAUCGUUGUCGUCAUUGUCGUCGCCCCCGCCGUCGCACGUGCGUUCACCACAGGCGCCACCGCCGCCCGUGGCGGCAGUGCCGACGACCACUCCGCACCUUACCGAGUACAUCGCGACGGUGGCAGACCUGCGGCGGGCGCUGGCAGACCAGCUGGCGUCGGUUCCCGAGGUCAAGGUUGCGGUGCCGACCCGGUCCCCGAUACGGGCCGUCGGCUUUGAUGUAAGCGCUGUCAAGGACGUACAGCACCAGAACCAUGUCGUGGCCGACAAGCUGAUGGCCACGGUCACCGACCUCUCGCAGCGACACGUCGCACUGAGCGACGACUACGAGACGCUGAGCGCCGAGCACGAGGCGCUGGCCAGGCUCCACGACGAGGUUGUUCAGCAGCGCGACGUGUUUACCCGGCGUGCGCACAAGUAUCGCGACCGUGCGCGGGAGCUUGAAGCGACGCUUGCGGCCGGCGAGAGUCAUGCCGAUGCCGACUUGCGCGCUGAGCGCGACGCCGCGGUGGCAGCUGCGGACGCCGCCGCGGCUACGGCAGACUCGCUCCUGGCGACUUCGCACGAAAUCCUCGCCGACCGCAACACGUUCUUUGAGCGGGCAAACCGCCAUCGGGCCCAGGCCAAGGAGCUCGAGUCGCGGCUGGCAGCGGCCGAGGCGACGGCGGCUACCACAAGCGAAGCACUGGCGGAGCGCGCUGCGCAGCUUGAAGCCGCGCGUGCUGAACUGGGCCGACUGGUGGCGAAGGUGCCUGGCGAAGCGAGGCAGCGCGCCCGCAGCCCGCCAGGCUUCACGCCCAACGUCCACCGCUACGCCGACGCGCUCGCCGAGGCUGCUGUGCUCGCCAACGAGUUGGCCUCGUCCAACGACGCGCUGGCGGCGCGGCUCGCCGCCGCUCGCGACGAGCUCUGGAACUCGCGGGCGCAGGCGGCGCUGGCGGCGUCGGCGAGUGAGGCGUCGGCGCGACAGGCGAGCGAGGCGGCCGAAACACUGGCAGCUCAGGCCGCCACCAUUGCUCGUCUCCAAGCCGAGGUCCAGGGCGCAAGCGAGGCCAAUGCCAAACUGACGGCGGCGUCAGCGGCGUCGGCGGCGUCGAUCGCUGCAGCGGCCUCGGCCGGCGAGUCGGCCGAGCUCCGCCGCGAGCUGGAGCGACUGACUGCCGAGCUUGAGGCGACGAACGCUGGAACUCGCGCCCUCCGCGACCGGGUUGUUGCCGAGGAUGUGCGGCUCGAGCGGGUGUCUGCGCUCUCGGCGGGUCUGGCCUCGUUUGUUGCCGAGACACAGGCGCUGCUUGAGCGCCGCGACGAGCAGCUUACAGAGGCCAAGCAUGCACUGGACGCGACGCUGGCACGGCUGCGUGCGCUGGAGGCUAAGGCGGACGACGCGGCACAGAGAACAGCGAGUGAGGAGACGCCGGCGUCGCUGCUCCGACUCAGCGAUUUGCUGCAGGCCAAGGUAGCGUCUCUUGUGGGCUCACAGGCGUCGUCGCUGCGGCUGUAUCUCGCACGCGUCCACGCGCUCAAGGCCCAGCUGGGCGACGCGCUCGCGGUGUCCGAGGCAAACCGGGCAGCCGAGGCGGCCGGCUAUGCGGCGUCGGUGUCUGCGCUGCAGGCGGCGGCGAGCGAGCUGGAGGAUCAGGUGGUCGAGCUUCAGGACGCAGUGCGGGACAAGGACGCGGACGCGGAGACACUGGAAGCGCGGGUUGCGCAGUUGGAGCGGGCGCUAUCGGCGACCGACUCGCGGCUGCUGCUGCGGUCCGCCGCAACGAUGCGCAAGCUGCGAACAACCUACGCACACUUGGCCGACUACGUUGGGACGGUCGAUACCGUUCGCGGCGCAGUGACGGCGCUCGUUGAGCGCAUGGCUGUUCUGGAGAACCAGGCGCGUGCGGCGACGUCGUCGGCGGAGGCCUCACGUGACGAGGUGGCUGGCCUGCAAUCGCAGGUGGCGACGCUUCUUGCCGAGCUGAGCGCACUGGAGGCCGAGACAGCUGCCGCCGCGGCCAACGUUAGCGGCGACGAGCUUGGAGCGUACUCGUCAGACGACGACUCGUUUGUUUCGGCGACCGAUGUGCUAACCGAGGGUGAGGCAUUUGCUGCGAGCGACACAUUGUACUCGCCGCGGAGUGAAGCGGCGACGCUGCGGAGCCAGGUGUCGUCGCUGGAGGCACAGCUGGCAGCACAGAGCUCUGCCAGCCAGCAUCGGAUUCGCGAGUUUGCGGGCCGGCUCCGGGCGCUACAAGCCGGACUUGUUGCGUUUGUGCAGAGCGCGCCGCACCAUGUCGCGGUGACGACCAAGGCGGCUGAUGCCGAGACUGAGCCUGCGAACCCUACGCGUGAGGUUGUGUCGCAGUACGCGGCGACAGUUCGCGAGCUGGCGACAGAGCUCGAUUCGUUCUUGUCAGACGUGGCGGCGCAGGAGGACGAACUGCGGGCCGAGCGCGAGCGAAGCGCGCUGAUGGACGACGAGCGCAAGGCAGCACUGGCGCUAGCACGAUCGGCACAGUCGUCGUUGGCUGAAGCUACGGCGUCGCUGGCCGCAGCUGCGCCGGCAGCCGCCAACGUUCCGCCCAACAUGCGGAGGUCGCUGGUCGAGUACGCUGCCGGUGUCCAACGCGCGUUGGUGGAAUUGACUGAUCUAGCCGAGACGCGGCCGGUGAGGCUGGUCGAGGUUCAGCAUGUGCUGGCCGAGGCCGAGGCGGACCUUGCAGCGGCGCCGAAGAGCGGCAUCGAGGUGGAGGAGUACGUGGCGCAGGUGGGCCAGCUCCGGACCGAGCUGCGGUCGCUGGUGGCCGCCUCGAACUCGGCACAGACCGCGCUCCGGACUGCUCUGGCGCAGUCGGAGCAGGGUCUGGUGCACGCGGUCGAUUGCCUCCGUGCGCGAGCGCGGCAGGUGGCUGAGCUGCAGCGGCAGGUGACAGAGCUGCUCGAUGCACCCCACCCGGAAGCAGCCAAGGCGCAUUCGGAGAUGCGGUCGCUGGUGGCGGAGCACGCUCAGGCACUAGAGACUCUUGCGGCGACGAGCACGCUGAGCAGCGCGAGUGAUUUGGACGAGUUUAAGGCGCGUGCAGCAGCGGCGGAGCAGGCGGCACAGGAGAUGGCUGCGCGGGCGGCCGAGUCUGACGAGCUCGCGAGCGACGCGCGGGCCAAGCUGGCCCAGUACGUGGCGCUCGCCGCUGAAGCCGGAGCGACGGCGCAGGCUGUAGUGACCGAGUCGGAGGUGCUGCGCGCUGGCGGGCGCGACGAGGCGCAGCGUGCCCAGCGUGUCACAGAUCAUGCGCAGGCGGUGGCCCGGGCACGCGGCGAGCUGACCGAGCUGGUGGCGGCAUCGGACCGCAACGAAGCGCGGCUGGCAGCAGCUGCGUCGGAGGCGCAGGCGCAGAGCCGGGCGGCACGGGAAGCACUGGCGCGGCAUGCUGGAACCGUCGGCUCGCUGGCAGCACUGGCGGCUAGAGUGGUGGGCGAGGCCGGUGCUAACUCGACGACCUCGAUUCGGUCGUACCUGGCGUCGCUGGACGCCAUUACUGCCGAGCUUGACGAUUCGGAUCCGAACGCGGACGCCUCCCAAUGGGUCCACCAUAACCUCGCAACGUACCUGGGCUCUGUAGCGCAGCUCCGGACCGUGUUGGAAGAGUUUGUGGUGAGUGCACCCGCUGCGGCGAAGAGCCCGGCGUACCGACAGGAGCUGCAGGCGUAUUCGGCGCGGGUGGGAGAGCUCUCGCAGGAGCUCUCGUCACUGCUCAUGGUGACCGAGGCUGGGGCGGAGCAGAUAAGCGGAUACCGUGAUCGACUCAUGGCGAUCACCUCCGAGCUUGUCGAGGUGCUCGCGAGCCACCCGACUCGACCGGCUUUGCGGACCGAGUACGCCGCGCAGGUCGAGUCGGCACUGGCGUCGAGCCUUGCGCUUGUCGAAGAUGUCGAAGAUCUGGAGGUCAAAUACGCACAGGCGCUGCGCGAGCUGGAAGCCGAGCGACAUGACCGGAUGACCGAGCGAUCGCUGAUGGAAGCAGAGCUUGCGGCAGCUCGGAUGGAGCACGACUCGUUGGAGAUGGCACUUGCGCGCGUCCCCGAGCACAACAACACAGCACAGGCAGCGGCGUACGCGGCUGCUCUUGGCCGACGUGUCGCUGCGCUGCACACCGCAGUGUCAUCGGCAAACGCCAUGGUCGACGCUGCCGUCGAGCGCGAGUCGGAGCUGGAGGCCGAGGUUGCACGGUUGCGGGCAGUGCUGGAGGCUGGGGCCGACAAGACCGACGCAGGAGUGCUGCAGCAGCGCGCGGAGCAGGCAGCAGCUGCAGGUGCGGCGGCCAGGGUGCUGGUGGCUGAUAUCGCGUCGUCACAGGUUGUUGCUGCAGCGAGCCAGCAAGAGUUGGAGCGCGCAGCUGUCGCGGUGGAGGCUGCGCGUGACAUGCUUAUUGCUCGAGACGCCGAAGUUCAGGCGCUUCUUGAGGCACUGCCCGCGCAAGCGAACGCAGACAGUGUGGAACGCCUGGCGGAGCGGGCGGCAGCGGCCGAGGCAGCCGCGCGCGCGGCGCGCGAGCUUGUCGCGGAGAUGACCGAGAUGGAGACGUCGUCACUGGCUGAGAUGGAGCAGCGUGUUGUCGCUGCCGAAGCUGCUGCGAACGCCGCACGGGAUGUUGUGUUGCUCCGCGAUGCCGAGGUCGCGGCUCUGCAGCAGGAGCUGGCAACGCGUCCUGAGAGCCUGACUGCGCUGAAGGAGCGUGUUGUGGCGGCUGAAGCGGCUGCGGCUGCGGCUCGCGAGCUGGUGGUGGACGUGGGCCAACUCGAGGCAUCGUCACGGGCUGUUAGUCCGGCGCCUGAGAGCCUGUCUGCGCUGAAGGAGCGCGUUGUGGCGGCUGAGAUGGCGGCUGUGGCGGCUCGAGAGCUGGUGGCGGACGUGGGCCAACUCGAGGCAUCGUCACGGACAGCGAGUCCGGCGCCUGAGAGCCUGGUUGCGCUGAAGGAGCGUGUUGUGGCGGCUGAAGCGGCUGCGGCUGCUGCUCGCGAGCUGGUGGCGGACGUGGGUCAACUCGAGGCAUCGUCACGGGCUGUUAGUCCGGCAUCCGAGAGCCUGGUUGCGCUGAAGGAGCGCGUGGCGGUGGCCGAAGCGGCUGCAGCAGCGGCUCGUGAGCUGGUGGCAGACAUGAGUGAGAUGGAAACGUCUUCGCGGGCUGUCAGUCCGGCAUCCGAAAGCCUGGUUGCGCUGAAGGAGCGUGUUGUGGCGGCUGAAGCGGCUGCGGCUGCUGCUCGCGAGCUGGUGGCGGACGUGGGCCAACUCGAGGCAUCGUCACGGGCUGUUAGUCCGGCAUCCGAGAGCCUGGCUGCGCUGAAGGAGCGUGUUGUGGCGGCUGAAGCGGCUGCGGCUGCUGCUCGCGAGCUGGUGGCGGACGUGGGCCAACUCGAGGCAUCGGCGCGGACAGCGAGUCCACCGCUUGAGAGCCUGGUUGCGCUGAAGGAACGCGUGGCUGCGGCUGAGAUGGCGGCUGUGGCGGCUAGGGAGCUGGUGGCAGACGUUGAGGCGAAGGGCGCCGCGUCGCAGGCUGCACUGAUCCAGCGCGUCGCCACGGCUGAGGCUGUCGCGACAGCCGCUCGAGAUUUGGUCUCCGACGUCGCUGCCAUGGAGGCGCGGUCGUCAGCACCACCGCCGGCACAUGCUAUGUCCAUUUCCACCAUCACUGCUCUGAGCGAGCGUGUUGCUGCUGUCGAGGCAGCGGCCUCAGCAGCUCGUGAGCUGGUGGCCAAUGUGGCCGAGCUGGAGUCUACGCCACAAGAGACUAAGCUGUCCGCAGCGGCGAUUGAUGCGCUGCGUGAGCGUGUGACGUUGGCCGAGUCGGCAGCCGCCGCCGCCCGCGAGCUGGUGGCCAACGUGGUAGAGAUGGAGAGCCGUGUCCGCGAUGAGCUCAUGGAGCGAGUCGAAGCUGCCGAGACCUCGGCAGCCGAGGCACGCGCCAUGGUCGCCGAGCGCGACGUCGAGGUUGUUGCACUCCGGGAGGCUCUGGCUGCUGCGCCUGCCACUGUGGCCUCGAAACAGAAUGCACACCAUUCCGAGGCUACCAAGGCUGCAGCAGCAGCUGCGCGUGAACUUGUUGUCGCAGUGCUAGCAUCUGAGGCCGCAUCGCGGAAGCUACUGACCCAGCGAGCCGAAGCUGCCGAGGCUGCUGCUGCCGCGGCACACGAGCUCGUUGAGGACCUGGCGGCAAUUGAGAGCCAGCAUAUUGCAGCUGUUGUGGAUGUGGCGGAAGAAGCUGCAACCCCAGCUGCGCAGGCGCGCGCGUCGCUAGAGGCUCGUGCGGCCGCAGCCGCAGCCGCAGCAGCCGCAGCCCGCGAGCUUGUCGCCGAAUUGGAUGCAGCCGAAGCCAGUCGUGCUGCCACAGGCGAGUGCGAGACCGCUAGCGCCGAGAAGGCCGAGCUUGUGUCUCGGACGGUGGUGGAGAAGCGGGUCGCAACUGCCGAGGCAGCGGCUGCUGCUGCGCGGGGCCUUGUCGCCGACGCCGAGGCGCUUCUCGUACAGACAGAGACUGCGAGCCACGCACACGACUCUAGCGCUGCUGAAGCGCUGGCGACCGCAAAGGCCCUCAUUGCCGAUGUGGACGCUAUGGAGGCAUCAGCGACAGCAGACAAGCUGGCUAUGGUGGAGCAGAUUGAGGCGCUCCGGGAGACCGCCCGCGUGCUCCAGGGAGAAAGUCCGAACUCGUCUAACACAGUUGGUUCGGACGCGUCGCUGGAUGCGCGGCACGCGUGUGCUGUUGCGGAUGUGGCGCAGGCGCUGACUCGGCUGGCGGAAGCCCGCGACACUUAUUCAGCUCGCGCUCCGCGCGAGUACGCGGCACAGGUUGCCGCGGUCCAGGCCGCGGCGGCCGAUCUUGUCGAUGCGGUUGCCCCGCUCGAACGUGAGAAGGCUGUGCUGGUUACUCAGGGCGCCGAGAUGGAGUCCCAGUUUGGGGUGCUGGAGCAGCUGGUCUCAGAGCUGGAGGGCAAAGUCAUGAUUCGCGACACCAGCGACCGCGAAGAAGGCCUGUCAGAGGCGCGCGCCACACUGGCGAGCCGCAUCCAGUCAUAUUUGGCAGCUGUCCGCGAGGCAGCCAGGCUCGCGCCGGAUUUACUCGCCGCACCAGGUCAGCCGACUGGCGUCGAUAUGGAGCCUACGACGGCUGCCGCGCGUGCACUGGUGGAUGCGGUCGCUGCACGCGAGCAUGCUCUCGAGCAGCGUGUGGCUGUUCUUUCGACCGAGAUGGCGUCCAUGCGCACAUCGCGCGACCGGUUGACAGCCGAGCUGGCGCGUAUGGCGCAGACGACGGCACAGGCUCAUCAGCAGCAGGCUGAGUUUGCCGACGUAGUUGAUGCGCGUGCGUGUGCACGGUUGGCACAAAUCAAGGCCAUCGCAGCGGUGGCUGGCGAGCUGACGGCCAACGCCCCACAGCCUCACUCGCUCCGUGCGCUUGAAGCCGAACGUGACGUGCUCAAGGCCUCGUUGGACAACGCGCUCGCGUUGCUCGAGGAACACAACGUGACGCGCACUGCGCUGGAGGCGCGACUGCGGGAUGUCGAAGCCAUCUCGGCGUCAGCUGCCAGUGUACUGGCCUCCGUGCCAGUGCGGCCAGCAGCAGCACCCACAGUGUCGCCUGCUGCGAAGACAGCGAGCGCGCCCGACGACCUGGCUGCCAUCCGGGCCGAACGCGAUGUGCUCAAGGCUUCGCUGGACAACGCUCUGGCGCUGCUGGAGGAGCAUAACACAGCACGGGCCAUGCUCGAGUCGCGACUGCGCGACGUCGAGGCCAUCUCAGCUUCGGCGGCAGAGGUGGUUGGAUCUGUGCCGGAGCCCGCGCCGCAGCGCGAAAGCGGUGUGCCCUCCGAUCUUGUUGCCGAACGGCUUGUCAAGGUUGCCGCAGCGGUCAAGGCCGCCGAGGAGGUUGUUGCUUCUACUCCACAGCGCGAGCGCGAGCUCGCAUCUUUGCGGGCCGAGCGUGACGAGCUGCAAACUGCAGUUGCCCGCGCACAAGACGCACUCCACCAGGCUACUGUUGAUGCUGAUCAUUUGUCGGACGAUGGUGUGACGGGAGAUGUUGACACCGCCGCGCUCGACGACCUUGUGGUGGACUUGCACGCGGAUCUGAACCAACUAGAGGCUGCGCUGGAGAGUCCCACAGGAGGAGAUGACGGUCUGCCGGCAGCCAAGCUGGCUGAGUACGCGGCGGCGGUGGCUGUAGCGCGCGAAUCGCUAGGCGAGCUUGCGGCGAGUCAUCCGCAGCAUGUCGACCGCUUGGCUGCCGAGCUGACACGAGAGCGAGACCGGGCCGCCAGCGACCGAGCCGAGGCCCAGCGCGCCGUUGUGCUCGAGAAGCAGGUGGUUGAGAUCGAGGCCGAGCGCGAGGCGCUGGAGGCCAAGGUCACCGAGCUGGAGAGUGGGCGGACUGAGCUUGCUCGUGAGGUUGCAGAGCUCCGGUCGAUGCGCGACAAGCUUGAUUCUCAGAUCGCGAGUCUCGAGGCGGAGGUCGGCGAAGAGCGCAGCGCUCUAGCGUCACAAGUUGCGAGCCUCACACUCGAACGUGACGAGCUUGGUGAGCGCGUCGCUGCCCUGGAGGCCGAGCACGCCGACAAGGUGGAAAUACUCCAGGCCGAGCAUGCAACGCUGGCAGCCAAGGUGUCCAAGGUGGAGAGCGAGCGCGACCGGGUGCAGCGCGAGCUGGAUGCAGAAGCGCAUGCUAAGUUCCACGAGCAAUACGAGGAGGAGCGCGAGACGGUCGAGCUCCUGCAUGAGCAUGUUCGCCAGCUUCGCGAGCGCGAGCAGGCUGUGAGCGACGAGAAGGCGCAGCUGGAGGAUGAGCUCGAGUCUGCAAAGGAGGUUGUUGCGCGGAUGCAGGCUGAGUUUGAGCGGCUCGACGCAGCGCUGCCGUCGCGCGUCGAGGAGGCACAGCUGGCCGAGUCGAGUGUGGAGAGUGCGCGUGCCGAGAAGGACCACUACGCGACAAUGCUGGCCAAGUCGGAGGCUCAGCGCGAGGUACUUGCGGCGCGGGUCUCGGAGCUUAUUGCGUUGCAAGAGGCCAAGGAGGCACUCGAGCACAAGGCGGCCCAAAUGGCAGACCAGGUGGAGUACCUGACGGCCACCGCCGAGCGACACGCGCGGGUGGCCAACUCGCUGCGGGAUCGCGAGGCGCGGCGAGCCCGCAACGAGCAGGCGCUGCUCUCUGCCAACGCCGAGCUGACGAAGACCAACUCGCAACUGGGGGUGACGGCGUCGACGCUCGAGAAGGAGCUACUUGCGAGUAAGCGCGACCAGAUUGCGCUGAUGGAAGAGUUCAAGACUCAGUUUGCAGCGCUCGAGGGCGAGUUGCGCGAGGUGGUGGCCGACGUGGCGUCGAGCGCGGGCGAGAGUAUGGUUCCUGAGCAUGUUAUGGAAGCGCAUCGGCGCGACGUGACCAAGCUCGAGGCGCAGCUGAACGUGCUCAACCUGCGCAAGGAAGAGCUCGCGUCGCUUGUCGGUGUCGCGCACGAGCAUCGGCUUGAUCUCGAGAUUGAGCUUGAUGCGGCACGCACCGCGCUGGACAAAUCGACACAACGGGCAGCCGAGACCGAGCUGCAGCUGAAGGAAGAGAUGCUGCGGACUCAGCAGCUGACCGGUCUAGUGACUGAGGCUGAAGCGGCGGCGGCGGGUUACUCGCAGGCGGAGCUGGAACUGAGGUCGAAGCUGGCAAGCCUUGAGGCGCACAAGGCUGCGCUUGCGGCCGAGAACGAGUCGCUGCGGGUCCAGCUUGCCGAAUCAGGCUCCGGCGGCGAGGCUAGCGAGCAUGCCUCGCUGAAGGCAGCGCUGAGCCGGGCCGAGGCCUCAGUGCGGGAGGCACAGACUGCUGUGGCUGAGCGCGACGCGCGGGUGGCGAGCCUGGAGCGGCAGGUGGAGGAGGCUAGCGAGGCGCAGGCCGAGGCUGCAGCGCGCGCUGCGGCUACCAAACUUGAGCUAGUAGAGGCGCAGAGCAGCCGGGCCAAGGCUAUAGCGACGAUGCAGGCGCAGGACUCGCAGCUGGAGCACAUGCGUGCCAAGCAUGCCGGUGUGUGCGUGGAGCGGAGCCAGCUGCGGGCCGACGUGGCGGCGCUGCACUCGCAGGUGGCCGAGGCUGAGCUUGCACUCUCGGAUGCGGAGGCGCGGUUGUCCGAGGUCGAGGCGGCACAUGCGCUGGAGCUCCGAGCGCUCGAAGAUGAGAUGGGCGUGUUGGCGACCGCGGCCGAGGCGGCGCAAGCGGCGGCUGCCGGCAACGCGGCGCUUGGCAAGCAGGCGCGUAUUUCGGAGCUCACCAUUUCGCUUGUCGAGGUACAGAGCGCGCUCAACGAGGCGCGGAGUCGCGAGGCUGCCAGCAUGCGGCAGGCGGAUGCGCUGCGGGCGCGAGUGGCGGCGCUUGAGCGUGAGCGCGAAGCCUUCCGCGCCGAGCUGCUGGAGCGGUCGCAGGACCGGCCGUCUCAGGAGAUUGCGACGCUGCGUGCAGCGUACGCUGAUGUGCGAUCGCAGGUAUCGCGGCUGCAUGUUCGCAACUCUGAGCUGCAGCACGAGUUGCGGUCGGUCUCGCUCGAUGGGCGGAGCCUGGAUGCCAGCGACCCGAUGUCGGUGUCUGCUGCAUCCGGUGAGGCGUCGGCAAUGUCAAUGUCGGUCUCGAUGGGUGGUGACGAGUCGUCGGGCUCGCUGCGAAGGAUGGCGAGUCUGGAGGCGCGGCUGGGGGCCGAGACCGCGUCGCGACAGGAGAUAGAGGCGGAGCUCCAGGCUGCACUCCGCGAGCGCACACAGGCGCAGGUCCAGGUUGAGCGGCUGGCCGAGCAGCGCGAGCGCGCGAUAGCGGAUGCGGCAGCAGCAGCAGCGGCGGCGGAAGCCGAGCGUGAGCGUGCCGCACGCGAGCGUACCCGAAUGGAGGCAUAUGUGGAGCAGAUCAAGUCGGCGGCAGCAGCGACGCGCGCCGCCAGCGCUGCGUCUCUGGAGAAGCUGCAGGAGCGCUACGAUGCAAUGGCAGCCGAGAUUGGCGCCGCGUCCAAGGUGGCGUCACCUGGCCGAGAGACGUCGCUUCUUGCCCGGAUUCGUGACCUCGAAGGCCAGUUGGAUGCUGCUGUGGUUGCCCACGAGGCUGCAUCGGCGCAGGAAGACUCUGUUCUGGAUGUGUUGCAGGAGGGCAUCGAGACCGAGUUGGCGCGGUUGGCUGAGGUGGAGGUCGAAGCCGAGGCGGCUGCUGAUGCGGAGGUGAGUAUUGAGUAUGAGAGUGAUGACAGCAUUGAGUUGCUCACGUCGAAGCUUCGGGCUGUUCGAACCGAGGUUGUGGCUGCCGAGGAGAAGGCGACCGUUGCCGAGGCCGAGGUCGAGAAGCUGCAGGCUGAUGUCGUGGCUGUCGAGGAGAAGGCGAUCGUUGCCGAGGCCGAGGUCGAGAAGCUGCAGGCCGCAGUUGUGGCUGCCGAGGAGAAGGCGACCGUUGCCGAGGCCGAGGUCGAGAAGCUUCAGGCCGCAGUUGUGGCUGCCGAGGAGAAGGCGACCGUUGCCGAGGCCGAGGUCGAGAAGCUUCAGGCCGCAGUUGUGGAUGCCGAGGAGAAGGCGACUGUUGCCGAGGCCGAGGUCGAGAAGCUGCAGGCUGACGUCGUGGCUGCCGAGGAGAAGGCGACCGUUGCCGAGGCCGAGGUCGAGAAGCUGCAGGCCGACGUUGUGGCUGCCGAGGAGAAGGCGACCGUUGCCGAGGCCGAGGUCGAGAAGCUGCAGGCCGAGGUCGUGGCUGCCGAGGAGAAGGCUGCUGGCUCUGAGGCUGAGAUUGGCAAUGCACGCAUGCUGCUCGAUCUAGCGGAAGAGCAAGCCGCUGCGGACGCAACCAGGGUGGCGCAGCUGGAGGCUCAGGUCGCGCAGCUGGCAGGAGAGGCAGGACCGUCGGCCGAAGAGCAUGUAGCCGAAGUCCAGCGUCUGCAGGCCGAGGCAGCCGCCGCCCACGAGAAGGCUGCGGCUCACGAAGGCGAUCUCGAGCGGCUCCAGAAGCGGGUCGAGACGAUGGAGAGCGUCCUCGCCGCGGCACGGGCCGCGGCAGAACAGGCAGUUGAGCUCAAAUCACAGCUGGCCGAGGUCCGCGCAGCCAAGGUUGCGGCCGAACAGCGGGCGGCCGAGCUCACCGGACAGGUACGUGAGCUAUCGAAGGAGCAGGCGGCACUGGAGGCGGCAGCGGCGGCGGGCGAGACACAGCAGCGCGAACUUGCAGUGCGAGCAGAGAUGCUGGAGACCAAGCUCGCCGCCGCAAACGAGGCGGCUGCGGCCGGCAUGGACACCGAGUCGGCCGAGCGGGCCGAGCUGCAGGAGCAGCUUGUGGAGGUUACAAACCAGAUGCGCGAGGUUGUGGCAUCCAACGAGGCGCUGCAGGCCAAGGUGGUGCAGCUCGAGGCCGCAAACGAGACGCUCGACUCGCGGCUGUUUGACACCACCGCCCGCGCUGAUGAGCUCCAGCGAAUCAACGAGACCCUCGAGGUUCGCGUCGACGAGCUGCUCUCGGUGGCCUCGUCUGUUGGUGACGAUGCACCCCAGGAGAACGCGACGCCCGGAGGGCGGAAGACGGCACGCGGCGUGCACGUCUACGAGUACCUCAACGAGAAGGAGCCUCUGGAUGCGAGCCGCGAGCCUGAGUCGCGACCGGUCUUGGCCUCGUUGUCGUCUGCGCUCAACGAGGCUCGCGCGCUGCGGUCAUCGCUCGGUGGCGACGCCGCAAGCUCGACUUUGACAAGUGGAGAAGGUGCCGCGGCGCCGUCAACGCCGCAGCAGCUAGCGACCGCCGCGUCGUCGGUCCAUACACUGCGAAUGGAGCUGGCCGCCGACGAGGGCGCGGCAGCGAUGGCGGAUUUUGCAGCCGCGCGUACAGAGCUGGGACAUCUUCGGCGCGACAACGCGGCGCUGCUUGCACAGGUGGCGGCGCUCCGCGGAGAUACCUCCCGGUGGGAGAUGGAGGCCGAGUACAUGGCGCUGUGGCGCGGGGCCGGCGAGGCACAGGCCCGGCAUCUGGCGAUGAGCACCGAGCUCAACGCAGCAUUGGACGCCGUCUCACGCGAGCUGGCGGCGGUCUCAUACGAGCGCGAGGUGCUGAGCCUCCGGGUAGAGGCGCUGAACAACCAGGUUGAGGCCGAGGCCGCGGCGCGCAAGGAUUGGGAGCAGGAGAAGCUCCAGUUUGAGGUGAAAAAGGCCGAACUGAUGGAGGAUCUCAACAUGGAGCGCGAAGAGCUUUACUAUCGCAUCGACGGCGAGGUCAAGGCACGGCAGAGCCUGGAGGCCAAGGCCACGCUGCUCGAGUCGGAGCUGAGGCUGUCCAAGUCUGCGCUCUCGCGCGAGUCUGCGCUCCAGUUGGCGGAUCUGCAGCGGUCGGUGCGGACGCUCGAGGCGUCCGAAGCCGAGGCCAGUGCUGAGCUGGAGCUUGUACGCGCCGAGCUGAAGGAGGUGAGCGCACAACGUGAUGCGCUGCGUCUGCAGGUCUCGCGCAGCGGCGACGGGCUUACUAUCGAGGUUGCAAGUGGCGGCGGUGCGUGUGAGGCGUGCCCGAUGCGAGCCCGCGAGCUGCAGGCGCUGGAAGACCGGCUGGCCGAGCUGGCGAUGGAGAACGAGGAGCUGAGCGAGCAGGUGGCAAUGCUCAAGCAAGUCAAUGACGACCUCACAGAGAGCUUCAAUGUACAGCACGCACGGAUGAAGGACCGGCUGGCGGAGGAGGUUGUAGUCGUCGCCUCGCUGCGGCGCAAGCUGACCAUGCGCGAUGCCAAGCUCAAGGCCGAGACCGAAGCGCGGCUGGCAGCGAUGGACAAGUACAUCGACAACCUGCGGCAAGUCGAGACUGCCAAGGAUCGGAUGGAGGAGGACUACCGCGCGCGGAUCAAGAUGCUGGAGGCCGAGGUCGAGGCACGCGCCGCAGGGCGGCCGAUCGGCACGGCGACGUAA